UUUUUCAUUUUUCAUCUCGCAAAACUAAUAUGGCGCCUCAAAUAUCGUAAUACAAGUUGAGUCCCCGGUUCUUUGAGCGCUUUUAACCAAAAAAAAAAAAAAAAAAGGAAAAACGAAAAGAAAAGAAAAGAUUUAAAGAAAUAAGCAUUAUCGAGUGAUUUAGUACGAGGUUAUACGAUGGCAGUUAUACCAGGUACAGUGCAGCAGCAGAAAGUUUCUUGCUGGGAUAGGAUUACAAUGGGUUUCACUAUGGGUUUCUGCGUAGGUAUGACCUCUGGUGCAAUUCUAACAGGAUUUGCAGCAUUCAGAUAUGGAUUGAGAGGAAGAGAAUUGAUAGGCCAUCUUGGUAAAAGCAUGGUACAAGGUGGAGGUACAUUCGGCGUAUUUAUGGCUAUUGGAAUGGGCAUAAGAUGCUAGUAUUUUAAAAAUCAUAUAAACAGAGCGCACCUUAAACUUACAUAAGAUUAUAAUACAAAGCAUAUUGUUGAUUUCUUAAUAAAAUACUUAUUAAGCAUACCUUCCCUUGCAA